AUGAAGCAUCUCCGUGUGUAUCACAAUUCAAUUCGAAGCGUCCGCCAACUCAGAUUCUCCCACCUGGGAAAUAUCUCCGCAUUUUGCCUGCCGGCCCAGACAGCCUCUUUCCGCCGCAUAUUCGAAUCCGCAUUCUCGAAACGCACAAUGGCAACUGCAAUGGCUAAGCGUCUUGAGGGCAAGACGAUCGUAGUGACUGGUGCUUCUUCCGGAAUUGGUCGAAGCACAGCCAAGGAGUUCGCCCGGACUGCCCCCAAGAACCUAAAGCUUAUCUUGACGGCUAGACGCAUUGAUUCCCUGCAGGAACUGGCUAAAGAGAUCAAGGAGGAGGUUGGCGAUGGCGUACAGACUCUUCCUGUGAAGCUAGACGUCAGCAACCCCGAAGAAGUCAAGAACUUUGUGUCCUCUUUGCCUGUGGAGUUCCAGGACAUCGACGUCCUGGUUAACAAUGCCGGCCUCGUCAAAGGCGUUGCCCAGGCUCCCGAUAUUGACCUUGCCGAUAUUAACACUAUGUUCAACACAAACGUGACCGGCUUGAUUAACAUGACCCAGGCCAUCCUCCCCAUUUUCAAGAAGCGAAGUGACGGUGGUCGUGGAGAUAUCAUCAACAUCGGAAGCAUUGCUGGUCGCGAAGCUUACCCCGGCGGCAGCAUCUACUGCGCUACCAAGGCCGCUGUCAAGUCCUUCACAGAAGCUCUGAGGAAGGAGCUUAUCUCCACAAGGAUCCGUAUCAUCGAGAUCGACCCGGGUCAAGUUGAGACCGAGUUUUCUAUCGUCCGGUACUAUGGAGACAAGUCGAAAGCCGAUGCAGUCUAUGCUAACUGCGAGCCACUUACGCCCGAAGAUAUUGCCGAAAUCAUUGUCUUUGCUGUUGGUCGGAGGGAAAACGUUGUGAUCGCCGAUACCCUAAUCUUCCCCAACCACCAGGCUUCCCCUGGACACGUUUACAAAAAGCCUUAA